GAUCAUACUGAACAAUAUCAAACAUUGAAAACUUGUGAAUUUUCAAAUUAUUUAACUCCUGACAUAUCUACUGGAAGCAUAGCUAACCCACCAUUAAUAUUGAUAACACCAACUUCAAGGAUGAUCAAUACUUCAAAUUGUUCAUCUACUCCAUGUUCGACAUUGUCGUCUUUAUCAUCCUCUUCAACAUCGUCAUCAUCAUGUGAACCUGAUUCAAAAAAACCAAAAAUUUCCAUGGAGCAUAAAUCACUGUCCAAAAGUGGAAGAAUACUGUCUAAACAGUUGACAGUGAGCAAAAUGGAGUUAUACCCUGAUACGUCAACAGCAACAUUAGAAGUGAAUCAACAUGUAAAACAAUGCCAAGAAAAUAUCUCAUCAACUAAUUAUUCCAUUCAACCAAAAUUGGAUAAACGUGAACAUAAUGAUUCAGUGGAGCAACAACAUUCAACCAUGGAAAUUGAUUCAUCUACACGUAAUACACCAAUAUGUAGUCAAUGUGGUAAACAAUUUGCUAAUAUUUAUCGUUUACACAGACAUUUACUUAGUCACACUGAAAGUUAUGAAUUACGCAAAUUCCGUUGUUCUCAGUGUACAAAAGCAUUUAAAUUUAAGCAUCAUUUAAAAGAACAUGAAAGAAUUCAUAGUGGUGAAAAACCAUUUAUGUGUUCACAAUGCGGUAAACGUUUUAGCCAUUCCGGUUCAUAUUCAAGUCAUAUGUCAAGCAAAAAAUGUAAUACCAAUGGUAACAGUAAUAAUGAAGCUAAAACAACAAUUACACAUACUCCUAAUGUCAGUAUUCAUCAUAACAAAAAUAUUAACGAUGUUGGUCAAAUGUUUGCAACUAAUGAUACUCUUACGAAUCAAAUAUCUUUUAAUAAAAUAAACCAACUCACGUCAUCUUUUGAAUUACACAAAAACAAGGUAAAUGUGUUAAAUAGAGAACACGAUAUUAGAAAUAGUAUUCAUAUCAAUGAAGACACUGAACUUAGCUCUGUUUCAAGUAUAUUAGAAUCUGUCAAUCAAGUUAAUAAUUCGGAUUAUUUUUUAAAAUUUAAUCAUUUAAAACUAGAUAACUAUUUGCCAGCUAAUUCAUCGAACCAGUUUAAUUCACAGUUAAAGAAUGAUGAAAUUAGUGAGCAUGUUCACAGUACUACUAGUAGUAGUAUUAUUACCACUUUAAAUACAAUUACUAAUAAUAGUAAUUUACAUCAUGCAGAUGAACAACCUGACGAGUUAUUAUGUAGUCAGUACGAUUUGAAAAAUUCGUCCAAAUCAGAGUUAGAAAUACAAAAUUUAGCAAUUAUGCUUGGAAUAAAACCAGAAAAUGCGGAACAAUUAUUCCAACAUCUGUAUACAACUGAACAACAUCAAUGUAUGGAACAGAAAAAACAAUUUAUCAAUGCCUACAAUACACAAUAUUCGCACUAUUAUCCAAUACAACAUGCAAAUAUAGUUACAUCUUCACCAGUGAUCUCAGUAGUCAAUAAUCAUGAAUUACUUAAUCGUCAACCGAAGUCGUUCAAUAAUGACAGUUUUACCAAGUAUGAAAGUUAUAAAGUCGAUAAUUAUGCUUCGAACUCAUUAUCAUCCUCUGCCUUUUUCUCUACUUUACCUUCUUUCUCACCAUUAUCGUCAUCACCUUCAAUAUCCUAUCUCGGUGUUUCUUCAUCUUCUUCAUUAUCGUCUAUAUCAGCAACAAAUGUGACGAAUUUACCAUCGACAGUGUACUCAUCUAAUUAUUCACAACAGGAUCCAUCGAUGAUAUUCUGUCAACUAUCUCCAGAUAUCAUGAAACAUAUAAUUUCGAAUUUACACAGAAAUAAUGUAUUAAAUUACUCAACUCCAUUAUCAUCUUUUACUUAUAAACAACAGGAUUUUAAUUCACGCAUAAUGGAAACACGGCAGUCCCCACCGUCACCACCACCACCACCACAAUCAUCACCGUUGGAAAUGAUGAUGACAGCGGCGACGACGAAAACUGCACAACCAAUUACAUUUGUACAACAGAAAGAAACGAUUUCGGAAUGCCAAAGUGAGGAGCUUCAUGAAGAUCAGGAAAAGGCUUUAGAUUUGUCACUGCCUCGAAUAAAACCUGAUGAUAUACCAUUAAGUACAGACAAUCAACAGUUUAACUAUUCAAAUUCUUAUCAACCGGACAUUCAUAAUUCACCUAACCUAAUCUGGUCAACAUCAUCAACAAUGACAUUUAUGGAAGCGGCUACUGCAGCGGUUGCAGCUGUUUCCUUUUUAUCGCGAACAUCAAAUGAAAUGAAUUAUUCAAAUCAAAAUUUAGAACAUUUAAAUGAUAUUUCAAUAAAGGAUUUAUCACAGUCAUCUAGGUCAGUAUCACCUAACAAUUCUUCAUGGACAUAUGAACUUAACAGAAAUUGUAUUCAUAAUAUUAGUGAUAGCAGUAACGAUUGUAAAACUGAGAGAAAUAAUCAUUAUAAUACAAAUGAGUGUGACUAUUCUACUUAUAUAAAGACCACAAUGGAUAAGAGAAGCGUUGUGAAAGAACUAAGAGAUGCUGAAAAUUCAUCCACUCAAAUCAAUGAACAACAAGACACCAGUGAUCGUAUUCAAUCUGAUAAAAAGAUUAAUGGCCAUAUCAAUGAUAAUAGUUAUUAUAAUCAUUUAUAUCAUCUCGGUGUUUGUGAAAAAUUGGAGAAAUAUGGAAAAAGUAACAAUAGUUUUAAUGACAGUAUCAAUGGUAGUAUUAGUAGUUGUAGUGAUGGCGUCAAUAACACGGAAGUAUUUGCUUGUGAUCAAUGUCAAAAAGUAUUUUCUAAACAUAGUUCACUAUCCAGGCACAAAUAUGAACAUACUGGUGAGUUGAUAAGUUAAUUAAUUUUGGUAAAACAAGUUACUGAUUUUUAUAUUUCACUCUAAGAAUUUAUUGAUAUUCUUCCUAAAUAAAUGUGACAAUAUAUUGGAGAUUUAUUAUGAAUGCAAACUAGCCCAGAAACCGGAUUCAGUGUCUCAUAUCGAUUUUAUACAACUAUCUAAAAAAAUUCAUCGUGACAUUAAAUCACAUUAGUUUAGUAUCAGCAUUACAAAUCUGAUCGAAAGAAUCUGAUUAGUACAAAGAACUCAAACAACAUAACAUUGAUUAUUACUCAGUACUCGAAUGAUACUAAACAGAUACAACUCGAUCCUAUUUGAAAUGUUGAGAUGAAAUUAGAUCCAAUAAAUGGAUUAAUAUAUUAUAAAUAGCCUUUUUAAAAAAUCAUCUAUUUUAUAUGGGUUUUACAACAGAAAGGAUUAUUUGUUCAUUUUUAUAAUAGAGAUAAUCGCAACAAUAAUAGCCGUAAACUGUUAAAAAUUUCAUUGAUUUGAAAGUGUUGUUCAGUGUUUAUCAAUCAUGUAAUUUAGACGAAUUGUCAACUAAUUAAGUGGAUAGAAUGUUUUUUUUUAUUUGUAACUUCAUUUGUGUACAUAAUUCUGCAUGAUUAAGUGUUUUUGAGUUAAAUUCACUCAGUUUCAUAGUGAUGAUCAGUCACGGAAAAUUGCAUUUUCCUUACUUUGUCGUGUGUUAAUAUAUAAUAAAUGUUCGUUUUUAUAACUUAGGAUAAUUCCAGAUUAACUUGAAGGUAUUUUCUUGAAAAAGUAGUAUUUGAAUUAACCAACACACUUAACAAAAAGCAACAGAACUGAGAUUUCCUGUUUACAUACACUUGUGGUUCUAAAAUUGUUGCUUUUUUAACCUGGUAACAAUAAAAACAUGUAAAUAACAACAGUAGUCCUAAUGAACGUUGAAAAAUCAAGUGUAUAUACGCUGACAGCUAGGUCUUACUUUAUUAAAAUGACUUGUCACUACGCUAAAUGCACUUUUAUGCUUUCCCACUUAGUAACAAAUACACAUUAUCGUCUCUACAUGAGAUACGUUUCUUGUUCAAUUUCUGUAUAUUCUCAGGUAAUUUAUAACCAAGGUACAUAAGUUGGUAACAAUGAAAACCAUGGAAGCAUUGUCCCGGAUAAACUAAAUGUAGGUAUGUAGGGUGUGAGUUAAAGUAAAAAAAUAAUUCCGCUCUAAACUUUACGUUACAGUUCUUGAAUAAUGUCGAAGCUUUUACACUGAUGUUUUGUGACCAAUCAGUAGCAAGGAAAAUCUUUUGUCCUAAUUGUAUUCACUAAUUCUGGAUAAUUAUUUCUAAGCUUCUAGGUUUUUAUCCAUAAAUGUAGGACUUUUGUAAGUAAUUUUCUUCACCAAAUGAUAUGAACUGAAGAAUUAUUCCAAAUCAGAAAGCAUUGAAAAUAUAUAUCAUGCUAGUUCAGAAUGCCUCUACAAAUCUUUUAUUUUAAUAAUGAUUAAUCUCUCAAUUAUAAGACAUAUUCUUGAAUUGCUAGUGAGAAGCGGGGUCCAAUGAUCACAGAAAUGAAGGAGUUGUCUCAGACGGUAACUAAUGAUGAUUGAAUAACACCGCAUGUCGACUGAAGUUGAAAAUGUUUAUCAUCGAAUGAAAACCAAGUCGAUUAAAUGUAGAGCGAUCGGUGCUAAGCCUAUAGGUAGCAUUAUCCAUCCCUAGAGCAGUCACCGGUUCAUUCUGGUGAGGAGUUUCAAAGACUACACUUGUAUAACAUCUUCCGGUUUGCGAUUUUUAUCUAGCUUGCUUUCUGAGAUCAGUCUUUGUGAAAGAAACAAGUCCCUAAAUACAUAUGAAUAUCUUUAAAAGACAAACAAUCUGUUGUUGUUUUCCUACUCUAACCAAUUUCAGAUAUUCGAAAUAUUUCUAAGUUCAGUUUUAAAUUUAGAACUUUAGAAAACAUAGUUUGUGGUUAGUUUUUUUAAUUUCAGUACGUGUUGUCCAAGGAUCAUUUCAUACAUUACUUAGGUGAAUUUUUAGCUUCGAAAUACUCCUUAACUGAAACUGACAUCAACUAAAAUAUGACAAAGAUACCCCUGGAACUGCAAAAAGCUAGUAGAAUUUUUACAGUAGACUCAAUUUAUAAGUGCCAAAUUAUCAAGUUACUUGAUAUUGUAACACAAUUGCGUAGCUUGUAUUUUUAAAACCGUACUGCACGGAAAUGUCAUUUUUCAAAGUUAUAAAUGUCUUCCAUAAAUAAAUAACAUUUUAACAAAGUCUGUAUGACAUGACUUAUGAAGUUGACCAUGUUGGUAAUAAAGUAAUUAUCAAGCUAAUUCUCAAAUUGAAUAAUGCAUUCGAUAUUUACUAUAUAUUAUAAUCGUAUCAUAUUCAUGAACAAAUACUAUAAACGUUUAUCUCCAUGAUCCCAUGUAAUGUAAUAGUUGUACAUUGUUAACAAGUUUUUAAAAGAGAACAUCUAUUUGAUAGUUUAUGGUUAAAAGUGAUUCACAAAGAUUGUCAUCGUUUAGUAAUGAAAAUUAACAAAUUACAGUAGAGCUUCAUAAAAUUGAUUUAACUUUUCAGUUUUAUGAUUCGUUCAUUAUUAUAGUGUCCUAAAUUAAUGUGUGAAUUGGUUGUUUCUUUUUGUUCUCUUAUC